AUGGCUUUAAAUUCCAGUGCGGGGAAUAACACCAGCUCUGGCUUGAGUGAUCUUUUCUACUUCUACAGCAAGAAUGUGUUUGCUGUCUUCUACGGUCUCCUUUUCCUCCUGGGCAUGCCAGGAAACAUCUUGCUGCUCUUGGUUCUUAUCAGAGGGGUUCAGAGAAAAAGCGGCAGCCACGUGGCGCGCCUGACGGAGCCCCUGUUCAUUAACAUUGUGGCGCUCGAUCUUCUCUUCUUCCUCUACAACAUCCCUGUGAUGUUUGCCAAUGUCAUUUUCAAGGACUGGCGCUUGGGCCACCUGUUGUGUGUCGCCAACCACAGCUUGUCCCUGUGGAUCUCCUUUGCUGACUUCUAUAGCAUGCUGGUUGUCUCGCUGCUUCGCUACGCCGCUGUAAUCCAUCCGAUGCGCGUGAUGUCCGUCUCCCCAAAGCAAAUGGCUCUGGCUUGUGUGUUCAUCUGGGUGGUUUGCCUCUUACUCUCCGCUCCGCUCUGCAUUCACUCUGAGAUGAUUCAUGUGGAGGAGGAAGCGUUUUGUGUGAACCGAAUGGUUGGUAAAGAGAUGAACCUUUACCUACAGCUCCUGGGAGGACUGGGGUUCCUGCCCCCAUUGUUGCUGAUGAUUUUCUGCUACUCAAAGAUCAUCUCCACCCUCAGGGUUAGGAGAAUCCUGUCUAUACACUCAGCCUCCAGCUUGCAAGUCAACUGGAGAGCUACAGUGAUGGCUUUGAUCACCGUGGUGGCACUUGUGGUCAUGUGGGUCCCAUAUUGGCUGGUGAUCUUCUUUAUCAAGUACAAUGGAUUAUUAGCCCCAGCCCCGAUGUACCUGGCUUAUCACCUGACAUCCCUCUUGGCCUUUGCCAACCGCUGCGUUAAUCCCAUCAUCUGCUUCUGCCUCUCCUAUCAAUUUCAAGCUAGACUGAAGAACCUCUUUCAGAGGGUCAGGAAGGGAAAUCGCCAACUAGGUCCCAUCCAUGUGGAUAAGAUAGAAGUGUUGGGUAGUACGUGA